AUGUCAGUUAGAGAUGACGCAAGGGUCAUCCAUGUUUAUGUGGAGGAUCAGUCUGUAGUUCUUGCCGAUGAUGUGCAUGACUGGUUGAAGAUUAUUGACGAAGUUGAUGAAAUGAAGGUACAGUAUGAUACAGCACAGCAACGGCUUUUCUACUGGGUGCGUUUUAAACACGUUUUUGCCGCACAACAAGCAGUAAAUUACCUUGAUGGAGAACGACUAAAGAAUACUGUUGUUCAUAUCACUUCAAACUUCUAUACAAAACGAUCCCCAGUCAGUAUAAAUGAAGUGAAUGAUGUGAAAGAAGCUUUAGAGAAAGAGCAAAGGAUUCCAGAGAAGCUGAACUUACCAAUGAAUCAUCAAAUGCCAUCUGAUCUACAAAUGGACGCUGCGUUGGUUAAUACUAUACCGGUAUUACUUUCUGACUCUGAAAAGAAGAAUGAAUAUCAAGAACUGGUACAGAAACUAAAAAAACUACAAGAAACAUAUUUUCACGUGCAGAAGACGUUGGAGAAAACUGAGGAGGAUAUACAUAAAACGGAUGAAGAGGUGAAGAAGCUCUUGCUAGGAAAUAAUAAUAAUAAUAAUAAUAAUAAUAAUAAUAGUGACCUAACAGAGAAAAAAACGGAGGAUGAGGGUGAUGAUAUUGUAGAUGAGAAGGGGGAGAAUGGACAAAGUAGGCGAAUCCACAACACUGUGUACAUCCCCAUUUCUCUGUGUGAUCCGGCAAGUAUCAUAACUAAAUUAGCCAAAUACGUCGGUCCUAUAACGGAUUACAUCUUCUUACUAUCUCCUGAAAAGAAUUCCUUCCAAGCAGUAGUUGAAUUCUUUCACGCCAAUGAUGCAAUUUUAGCUUUGCAGAUUCUUACAGGGGGUUUGGAUGAAGCUUCGAUGAUUGGAAAAAAGCGCAGACGAUUAGAUGAGAAUGUGGAAGAAGUUUUCUUGUCUUUAAGUUCAUUUGGUUGGACCAAUGAUACAUCGGUAGGUCCAUUACAUUUCUUGUAUGAUCCUUCUGUCGUGCUUCUCGCAGCAAAAGGGAAUGCCAUCAAUGCUACUACUAUGGAUUCAUGCUUGUAG